AGGAGCUUCCGGCAGCUGCAUUGCGACAGGAAGAGAAGGGGUGGUGGGGUGGAGGAAGUGAAAACGGGGGACGAAAAGCAACGAGGACGUCCAAACAAUGUGAGAAAAUGCACGCGUGCGAAAAUGCUGCUGAAAAAGUAUGUGAAAACGCGGCGUAAGCUGAAGAUCCUACUCCUGCUGGCCAUCGUCGCCCUGCUGGUCAUCACCAUCAUAGUGCUGGGCUCCAGCGGACGCAAUGCGGCCAUCGAACUGCUGCUGGACGAGCGCUUCAUCGCACGCGCCUACAGGCCCGGGGAUCAGCCCCAAGUGGCGGAGAAGCCACCGCCGGUGGCCGUGGCGCUGCUCCAGCCGCAGCGGGAGAACGGAGUGAUUGUGCCCGAGAAGUAUGACGAGCAGAAGAUCAAGGAGCGCAUCAUUCAGAGCAAAAUCGAUCUGAUGAAGCAGCAGCAGCAGCGGGACCACGAGGCGGAGCAGUCUUCGCGCACCACUUUGGAUGUGGUGAUCAGCGCCGUGCACAUAUUCUACACUGCCCCGGUGCCGUGGUACAAGUCGAAGAAGCCGCCUCCGCCGCCAGCGGAGCACCCAAACGAUGUGCCACUGACCACGCCGCGCCCAGUGCGAAUCCUCAACACCGCCUUCUAUCCGGCACUGGGUCUGUACAAGCCCAGUGCCUCGCUGCUGGGCCAGCACUUCGAGAACAUACGCAGCUGUGGCAUCGGAGUGCUCAUCCUGAACUUCUCCGGUGGCAAGCCCGCGGAGGCGGCACUGCUCCAUCAGAUCUUAGAACUGGCACCGCAGCACAAUCUCAGCGUGACCUUCGAGCUCAGUGUGGCCGGGAAUCAGAGCGUAGAGUUUGUGCGGCAGCAGCUGCAGGAGAUUGCCACGUACACCAGCCUAGCUGGAUUCUACAAGGUGUGGAGCCAGUCGAGAGGUGUCUCCCUGCCUGUUCUCUACGUGAGCAAUGCCUACAAGUUGAGCGAAAGUCUGGGAAGGCUGUUGUGUCGAUCGCCGUCGCUGGUGGAACCGGAUGGCCUGCGGAGAAUUCUGGAUGCCUUAUUCAUUGGACACAUAAGGCUCAAAAGCCAUGCCGAUGUCCUGCGGAGGUUGUGCUUCGAUGGCUUCUACAGCAAGCUGCCCAGCAAUGGCGCUGUCUUCGCCAGCACCUGGAAGAACUGGUCGUAUCUGAAGUCCUUUGCGCUGUCCUACAAGAUGCUCUUUGUGCCCACGGUGGGCCCGGGAUUCGCGGAGAGGAACAAGUUCCCGCGACACGGAGACAUCCAGCGGCAUCGCAGCAAUGGACGGUACUAUGGCGUGGCCUGGCGGACAGCCAUUCUCAACCACGUGGGCUUCAUCAACAUAGCCAGCUACAACAACUGGCCGGAUGGCAGCCAGAUCGAGGAGGUGGUGCCGCGCGCCGGCUUCCUGGACUACAAUCCGGGCUCGAGAACGAAAUAUCUGGAUCUCACGGCCCACUGGGUGGGCAACUUUCUGAAGACGCGGCAGGAGGCGGCGGCAGCAGCCUCGCCAGCGUCGCCGCCCAACUGCUACGAGCUGCUCAAUGGAACCAUAUGCUAGGAGCGCGGCGGAGAUAAUCCUAGUUACUUUAGAAGCAAUAGCAACGAUUGCAGGCCACUCAAUUACUUUCCAACUGUUAAGAAGUCUUCUGCUGCACACAUUUACACACUGCAUAUAUCGUUUUGAUAGUGAUAUUUUUGAAAAUGCGCGCCCAAAUGUCGAGUUUUUGGCGGGAAAUUCACUGCACUCCAUUCCAAUUAACUAAUUUAAGUACUAAAACGCCAAUCAAAGGAGAAUUUUGAGAGGGGGAAGUGGUUUUUGCUGCCAAAUCACUCGACAGAAUAUAUAUGAAAGCAAUUACCAUUGAUAUCAAUUAACAAUGUAACUCUUUUUAUUACAUCUAUAAUAUAAAAUAGCUUUCAAUUAUCGUAGGACUAAACGAGUAGAGGAGAACAAUAUCAUAACUUAAUGCCAUGCCAUAUUAUGUAGACACCAAAGGAAAUUAUCUAUGUUAUAACGAUAUAAACUAGACACUUGUUAAACGAUUGGUACUUAACAAAUUUUAACUUUAUUACCAGUACGACAUAUAAAUACUUUAUCUAAGCUUUAAUAGUUUAGUGCCCA